GUUAUCUGACUAGUCUUAAAAAUAGUGCGUGCCGGCAUCCUUUGUAAUCGAUGUCGUAGUACUUCUCGUAGAAGUCUUGUAUCAGCUCCUCGACCUGCAAAAUGACGACUGAUUUGUUACAAGUGAAGUGCGCCGCGUGCAACGAGAUCGCUCACGAACCUUACAUAGAGUGUUGUGAAUGCGAGAUUAAUUUGUGUACAUCUUGUUUUGCCGCCGGUCAAGAGAUACGCGAACACAAAAACUAUCACAAAUACGCAGUACGAAGGAACGAUUUCCCUUUAUUCGAUAACUGCAACUGGUCAGCUAAAGAGGAGUGCAAAUUACUUUCAGCAAUAUCAACACAUGGUUUCGGAAACUGGGAAGAAGUUGCAAAAGUCGUUCACACGAGAUCUAAAUUAGAGUGUCACGAACAUUACAAGAAAUAUUACAUAGAAAACGUUCAAUAUAAAGAGUUAAAGUUGCUACCGGAGACAGAACAAUCCUUGUUCCCUAAGCCAAUAACCCCUUACAUAUAUAAUUUACAAGUUUGUGUAAAUCCACCACGAAACAAUCAGUCGGAUCAACAUCUUGCAGGUUACAAUGCAUACAGAUCUGAAUUUGAACUAAGUUAUGAUCAUAAUGCGGAAAAUAUAUUUAACAUUGAGGAUGACUACUCGGAUGAUGAAGAUGAGGACCUCAUGGAUGCUCUAAAAGUGAGCUUAGUAAAGGCUUUCAAUACACGGUUGGCAGAAAGGCAUCGGCGAUACAGUAUCAUAAAAAAUCAUGGCUUAAUAGUAUUAAACCGAGUAGUUUCAUGGUUGCAGAGAUUUGAUGAAACAUUAAUGAGAAGCAAGACUGAAAAACUAGUCUCCUUUAUGCAGUUUAUGACUGGAAUGCAGUUUGAUGCAUUCAUGGAAUCAUUGAGCCUUGAAGAAGAAUUAUUACAAAAGAUAUUUCGGCUGAGUGAUUUUAGGAAGAAUGGUAUAAAAACAUUUUAUUCUGCCACACUUUACCAGCAACUUAAAGUGGAGAAUACUAUAGCGUUUAAGGAACAGAAGUAUCUUACAUUAGUUAUGCAAAAUAGAUACGAAACUCAGAGUCUGUCUCCGAUUAAAUCAAAACAAUGUGGUAUUAAAGACAAAAAGUUGAAGCGGACAUCUCUGCCUUUGGACAUUGUCGGUCUUCCUGGAUGUCAUCUUUUAUUGGAUAGUGAAAAGACAUUAUGUUCCAAUUUAAGACUUUUACCUACAAAUUAUUUAGAGAUCAAAACUCAACUUAUAUCAGAGAAUAACAAGUUAGGGUUCCUCAGACUAUUAGAUGCUCGCAGGAUUUUAAAGAUAGAUGUAAACAAAACUAGGAAAAUAUAUGACUAUCUAAUGAAGGAGGGCUUUGUUAAUAUGCCACCAGUAAAUAAAUAAUUUGAUGUACUAAUACUGAACAGAUAAAAAUGAAUUUUAAAUCUAUAAGCGAACAAUUUUUAUA